ACUAGAUCUGCUGGCUGGAUUAUUCUCUUUCUUUUGUAGGUCUUUGGUCAAAUGCCAAUUUAUAUAGUUCAUGAUUUACAGUGGACCUUAUGGCCAGAGUUACCCCAAAAUUUGGUUGCCAAGUACAAAGGUUUACUGACGUGGUUGGAAAAAUACAGAUUACCUUAUUUCUGCAAGACCAACUUAUGUCACCAUUAUAUGCUCUGUAAGGAACUCAUCAAUUUCAUCAGAUCUUCAGAGGGUGCCAAGAUGAUGAGAUGGAAGACAGCAGACCAGUGGUUGCUCUACAAAUGUGUUGGUGGUGUCCGAGGGAUGUGGCGUUUCUGUGCCUACCUCAGUGGCACAGCAGGGGAGGAACUGGUGGAGUUCUGGAUAAUUGCUGAGAGAAUCCUUGGGAUAGAUGAGACGAAUGAUAAACAGAAGGACACUUAUCUGUCCCUCCUCCUUGUGCUGAAGGCCACUCACUUGCAGGAAGGGUCUUCUGUCCUGAUUCUUUGCAAUAUGAACAUCAAGUCGCUGAUGAACCUCUCUGUGUGGCAUCCCAAACAAUCCACUACCAGGAGAGAGCUCUUGAGCCGCAUGCAAAAAGUGGCCCUAUUCAAAAUCCAGAGUUAUUGGCUUCCAAACUUUUACAUUCAUUGUAAGAUCAAUAUGGCCAAGGAGGAGGAGUGCCAGGCUCUGAUGCAGGAGUAUGAAGAACGCCUUGGUCAGGAUGAUGAAGAAGAAGAAGAUAAUGAAGAUGAAGAUGAUGAAGAAGAAGACAAAUAUAGAGCCUCCAUAUCAAGUGACCUCCCCCUGAAGAUGAGCAUUAGGAGACUUUAUGUGACCCGGAAACCUUACUGUAGCAAAAAGAUGAAGAAGAAGAUGUGGCGAUUUAUUGAACAGGGCACAUGGACUGUUGAGCCGGAACUGCCUCUUAUUCACACUUUGCAUACCUCAAAGAGCAAGUUGCAUGACAAAGGGUUUCAAGGCCUCCCUGAUGUCUUCAGGCCACCAAAACUCGUUGUGCAUGUGGGUGCCCUGCGACCAUUGCGUUUUAAAAACAGUCUAGAUGAUUUAAAGGUAAAGGAGAGCAUCACUUCCACAAUCUUCAGCUCCAAGGUGGAUACUAAAAACUUUCCGCCCUUUAACCUAGAAGGAGUCUGUGAGAAGAAAUUCACAGCCAAAUUGCGAAACUCCACUCCUAUUAUCAACUACCCCUCCCGAUUAUCCCUAAAGAAAGUGAUUAAGAAAGGUUACUCCUUUGAAUACCUGCACUGGGCUUUGACUGCUGAUUCCUAUGCGGGGAACCCUUUUGGAGACUACCUUAAGAGUAAGCACUACAAGAUGGAAAACCGCCUCCUGCGUCUCUGGAAGGACCUGGACAAUUUCCUGACCAUUUGCAUCAGUGCAAAGAAAGGUGGUAAUCUGCUAUUUCGGCACACUCUUGGAAAUCGCAUCUGUGAGCUCUACCUCAAUGAGGACAACGGCCCUACCCUGCCACUCAAACCUCAAACCAUCCAGCGUCUGAAACAGCUGCUGCCUUCUGGGAAUGUGAUUCCCUGGAUCCCCACUGCACAGAAAGAGAUAUGCAAGAUUCUUGCUUCCUUCUUUGAUGACUUCCUUGAUCUGGAUGACUACUGGUUUCUCAUCUUUGUGUCUCAAAAGAAUAGCAGUGAAAUCAAGAGGCAGAAAGCAAAGGAGCCCUUGGACAACAUGGAAUAUAUUCUAUUGUGUAAGAGGAUACAGGAAUGCCUUAUGCUGAGUCAUGAUUUGUCCACCCUGGAAGACAUGGAAGCACUCACGGACACACACUGGCAAAUGAUAGCUCUGCAGGAUCUGAAAAAAGGAGGAGCUCUCCAUUUGGAACUACAGCCUACAGUGUACAGGGAAGAUAUAAGGCAAAUGAGCUUUGAGGAUCUGUGCAAGAACCACCCAAAAAUGGCUAUAGAGAAGAUGAGUGAAGACUUUAAGAAGUAUUAUGAAAAGAUAUCUAUAAAUGCCAGAAAGAUGCGGGCAAGCAAGAAGUUGUAUCCUCAUUUGCAAUAUCCGAGUCCCUUAUCCUUCCUCAAGAAGGGAAGCAGUGUUUUGAGGAAACCCUCACUGAGACCCAGGAAUCUCAUGGAUGUCCUCCAUCAACCUGUCCAUUUAGAAUACUUCAAGGAAUUCCUUCGAGCAAACAAGGCUGAGAAUCUGCUGUCUUUCAUCCUUGCUAUGCAGAAGGCUUCUAGUGAACCCAAUGAAAAAACACAGAAAGCUAUCAUUGACGCCAUCGUCACUACUUUCUUCCAUAACAAAGACUCUGAUGUUGAGGAUAUACUACAAUGUACUAUUCCUAUCCUCAAAGAAAUCUCUUACAUGAAUCGAGUUCCUUUAGUAGUCUUGCACCAGGCCCAGAACCAAGUCCUGAAAUAUCUAGAUGACAAAUGGUUCAAAACUUACCAAGACAUGUUCCCACAUCGCCUUCACAUUCAAAUUCCAGAAGUUGAAAUGCCACAGAAAAUCCCGAAAAAGGAAACAAAGACCAUUAACUUAGAGCUCAGGAAGAAAAGAGUAUGGAUCUACCUUAGUGCCAUUAUUAGGAGUAUCUGCAAAUUUCGAAGGGAAAUGAAGAAACCAGAAAGCCGUCACCAGUUUGAGGACUUUCUACGUAAGGAAAUGACUAAUCAUAAGGAAAAUAUGAUUAUAUCAGGACCACCCAAAACUACAACCACAACAAGCGCUUCUCCCCCCCAAAAGACUGCUUUAGAUGUCGACAUGGAAGAUAUAGUAUUUGUAAAGCGCCGUAUUCUUGGCCAUAAAAUGGUCAUCAUCAACUUUCUGGUCAAUGACUUAAAUUUCUUUAUCGAAAUAGAGAAAUUCAAUGACCUGGUCUCUUCAGCCUUAGUACUGCAAGUUAACAAGAUCUUUAAUGAAAAUGAUGUUGCACUGCUGAAAGCCAAAGGACAUAUUAUCUUUAAGCUCUUCCUCGCAUCUGAUAUUCCUCCCAAAUUACGGGUAAAUAUUUCUGAAGCCACCAAGGACAACAUCUACAAUGCUUUUGCAGAGGGGCACCUGGAUCGCUCUGUCUUCCACAGUUCUGUCAUGACAAUUUUCCCUAUUAUUAUGUACUUCUGGAAAAAGUAUUGUAACUGGAAAGCAAAACGUGACUACUUAAGGAGCUGGGGAAAGAAAAGCAAGGAACACUCCCCGGCUCGUUCGGUAUCUCCUAAACAGAAUCAGUGGAGUGGGGGGGACCAUUUCGUCAUGAGAUUUUCCCUGGUCAAGGGCAUUGAGUGGCUGCUUCCUCAGCCUCGGGAAGAAGUGGAGAGUCCAGGUGCAAUAUCUUCAACUGGCAGCGUGAACCAGAAGAAAAAAGUGUCACUCCCCUUCCCACCAGUAGGAGAUAUGGAAAAAGACGAGGAUAACGUAAGCAUAAGGAGUGGAAAAAGAAUUCAAGAAGCGAUUUUGACGCCUUUGGAAAUUCAGUAACAUCCAAAUCAUCUCUCCACAAAUUUCAAUGAUGAUGAUGAUUCUUAAUAUAAACAUCCCUUUCUGGAGACAGAGGAGGAAGAGGACUGAAUUUCCAUCACCCAAGAUCCCCAAUUUCCUUGUCCCCUUCCCUGCAGUAUUAUAUCACUGAGAAAAUUUGUGUGAAUAUUGGGAAAGGUAAAAAAUAAAAAGUUUUAUAUGAAAA